UACAAGGGGCCAUCAGCCCCCCGUACUGGGGGAUGUGAAGGAUAAGGGUAGGUGGGCAUCACUCAGGUAGAUGGGACUUACUAGAGAGACUCCUGCUGUGUUCUGUUGCCCCCUGUAGAAGAUACCAAAGUGCUUGCUAGGCAGAAGACCCGCCUGGAGGCCGUUCCCGUGCUUCUCCUGCGCUAGGCGGCCAUGGUCCGAAGAGUGGCCGUCAUUGGGGCGGGCGUGAGCGGGCUGGCUGCCAUCAAGAGCUGCCUGGAGGAAGGGCUGGAGCCGACCUGCUUCGAGCGGAGCGACGGCAUUGGUGGACUGUGGUGGUUCACGGAGACGGCGGAGGAAGGCAGAGCCAGCAUCUACCGGUCGGUGUUCACCAACUCAUGCAAGGAGAUGAUGUGCUUUGCCGACUUCCCUUUCCCAGAGGAUUUCCCAAACUAUCUGCACAACACCAAGCUUCAUGAGUAUCUCUGGAUGUAUGCCAAGCACUUUGAUCUUGUCAAGUACAUACAGUUUAAGACGUUUGUGAGCAACAUCAAGAAGCGUUCGGACUUCGCGGCCACUGGCCAAUGGGACGUCACAAGUGAAAAGGACGGCAAGGUGGAGACGGCUGCCUUUGACGCCGUGAUGCUGUGCACAGGACACCACAUCUACCCAAACAUUCCCACCAAGAGCUUCCCAGGGUUGGAGAAGUUCAAGGGCAGCUUCUUACACAGCCGGGAAUACAAAGGACCUGAAAAGUUUAAGGGGAAGAAAGUUCUGGUGAUUGGCCUUGGGAAUUCGGGUUGUGACAUCGCCACGGAGCUCAGCCACACCGCCUCCCAGGUUUACAUCAGCUCGAGAAGUGGGUCCUGGAUCAUGAGCCGCGUCUGGGACCAUGGCUAUCCCUGGGACAUGAUAGUGAUCACGCGCUUUGAGACGAUGCUCAGGAACGCCCUCCCGACGGCCAUCUCCGACUGGCUGUACGUGAAGCAAAUGAGCCGAGCCUUCAGUCAUGAGAACUUCGGCCUGAUGCCACUGAACGGGACUCUGCGCAAGGAGCCCGUCUUCAACGAUGAGCUCCCCAGCCGCAUCACAUGUGGAGCCAUCGUGGUAAAGCCCAACGUGAAGGAGUUCACCGAGACGGCCGCCAUAUUCCAAGAUGGGACCCGGCAGGAAGGCCUUGACUAUGUCAUCUGGGCGACGGGCUACAGAUAUGCCUACCCUUGCAUGGAGGACGAGUCCAUCAUCAAGAACCAGAACAACGAAAUCAUCUUGUACAAGAGCAUCGUUCCCCCUCUGCUGGAGAAGCCAACGCUGGCGGUCAUCGGCUUGGUCCAGUCGUUUGGGUCGGCCAUCCCGACGGCGGACCUCCAGGCUCGCUGGGCCGUAAGGGUGUUUAAGGGGCUGUGCAAGCUGCCUCCACGGAGAACCAUGCUGGAGGACAUAGACGACAAGAUGGGGAAGAAGCUCAAAUGGUACGGCCAAACCGACACCCUGCAAGCAGAUUACAUUGUCUACAUGGAUGAGCUGGCUUCCAGCAUUGGGGUCAAGCCCAACAUUCCACUCCUUUUCCUGACGGAUCCCAAGCUGGCCCUGAAAAUCUACUUUGGGCCGUGCUCUCCAUAUCAGUUCCGUCUGACCGGGCCAGGGAAGUGGGACGGCGCGCGGGAGGCCAUCCUGACGCAGUGGGACCGGACGGUGAAGGCUACGAGGACCCGGGUGGUACACAAGAUGCCGAACCCUUUUCCAUACUCCAUAUUGCUCAAAUUAGUCCCCUUCCUGCUUCUCCUUGUUGCCAUUUUUGUGAUGUUCAACUGAGUCAUAUUUUCCAUACUACCAGUUUUCCUGAAUGCUCCUCUGUCAGACGCGUUUGCAUGUUUAAGCAGACACAGAGGCUGAUCCAAACUGCAAGAAAUCUACUGAAUUGAUAUGUCAAUAAAGCAAUCAGGAAUAUUUUCCAUACUAUCAUUACCAGCAUUUCUGAUCGGUUUAGAACAUCAUGUCAUGCCUAAAGACUUCCAGAUGCCAUUGUACUAACAUUAUCGGGAAACUUACCCUCUGUAUUGGUGUAUGGGAAGACACUGGUCCUCGUGCCACACAGAAAAGUUGCGGGUGGCGGGACGAAAAGGCCUUAGGUGUGUUUCCAGGGGGAUGGCCCCAGAAU